GUGACGUCAUAAAGCUGCGCCGCGCUCCUUCAUCUGUUAUUGGGCUGAAGAAAGAAAUCUCAACUUAGAUCCACGUGACACACUAAGAUGGUGUUUAUUAAAGAAGAGUUUGAAGACAUGAAGAUUGAAGAAACAUUCAGAGUCAAACAUGAAGAUACUGAGGAACAAACAGACCUGAUGCUGCUGAAAAAGCAAAGUGAAAAACUAAAUGAAAUGGAAGACAAAGAUCAGUAUGAGAAACAUGAUUUCACUAGAGAAGAUUUGUUUAAUUGCUCACACACUUCAGAAAAGAGAGCUCAAAAGACAGGAGCUAGAAGUCAUUUCAUCUGCCAACAAUGUGGAAAAAGUUUCUUUAAAAAAGGAAACCUUAAAGAGCACAUGAAAAUUCACACUGGAGAGAAACCUUACACAUGCCCUCAAUGUGGACUAAGUUUCACUCAGAAAGGAACCCUUAACAGGCACAUGAAAAUUCACACCGGAGAGAAGCCUCACACCUGCAAACUGUGCGGAAAUAGUUUCAUGCGAAAAGGAGACAUUCAAAAACACAUGAGAGUUCACACUGGAGAGAAGCCUUAUACCUGCCGACAGUGUGGGAGGAGUUUCCGUCAACAAGGAAAUCUCAACAUCCACAUGAGCGUUCACACCGGAGAGAGAUAUUUCAACUGCCAACAAUGUGGAAAAAGUUUCACUACAAAGGGGAACCUUGUAGUCCACACAAGAAUUCACAAUGGAGAAAAGCCAUUCAUAUGCCCCAAGUGUGGAAAGAGUUUCUGUCAACAAGGAAACCUCAACGUCCACAUGAGAAUUCACACUGGAAAGAAGCCUUACACCUGCCAACAGUGUGGAAAUAGUUUCAGAUGCAAAAUAUCGCUUAAUAACCACACAAGGAUUCACUCGAGACAGUUUCGUGUUUUAUCAGUGUGAAAGUUUCACAGAUAGAAAAUACUGUAAUAAGAGUAGCCUUUCAUGUGCCACCACUGUGAAAAAUCUGUCUCAGACUAAGCAAACCUUAAAGGGGUCAUCGGAUGCCCAUUUUCCACAAGUUGACAUGAUUCUUCAGGGUCUUAAUGAAAAGUAUAAUAUACUUUGAUUAAAAAUUCUCAAUGGUUGUGUAAAACAACACCAUUUUUACCUUGCCAAAAUCAGCUCUGCAAAAAUCAUCUCAUUCUGGUCGAGGCUGCUUUAAAUGCACAUGAGCUCUGCUCGCCCCCGCCCUUCUCUACUCUCUGUGGAGUGACGAGCCUGUUUACUUUAGUCGCAUUUAGCCACUAAUCUUCCUAACUAGCACAUUAUUAGGAAAGGUGAUCGCAAAUAUUCAUAAAAAAUAAAAAAAAAAACCUUAUACUCACGUCUGCUGUAAGUGAAGCUGGAUCAUGAAUGAUUCGCACGAACAUAGACGGAUAUAUGUAGAUCGGGAGGCGCAUUCACUUCACAAACAAACGUAAUCUACUGCAUCUUCAGCGGCUCAGAUGUCGGGAGUAAAUGUCGACCACUAUGUUCAUUAUUACAUCCAGCAACACAACACCUCAAUCGCUCAGUCUGAGAUAUUCUUGUCUAACUUACAUCCCUGCUCUGGCAUCGAAACAAAGAGGGCGGACUGUGACAGCUGACCUGCGGUAAAACGCUCAUGUCAAUCAACUAUUGUGGGAGCGGCCUCUGUCGGUGUGAUGGCUCGAUUUGAAAAAGGGAAUAUUAUUUUUACAGAUUAAUUAAAAACCACUCCAUGGAUUUUUAUCAUUAUAGAGUAGAUUUGUACAUAUACUGCCAACACACAUUAAAGUUCAAACAACAUGUAGAAGUGAAUUUAGCAUCCGAUGACCCCUUUAAGAUUAACAAGUGAAUUCGCAGUGAAGAGAAGCCUGUCAUAUGCUGUUAUUGAGGAAAGAGAUUCAGAUCUAAAGAAAACGGAACAGAUUUGGUAUGAACAGAAAAUAAAAACAAAACACAGAAAUGGUAAAAGCAGGCCCAGUACUCUUUAUUUAUGUUCCCUCUUUGACACUAGACCGGGGUUGUAACAAAUGACUUUAUCCAUUUAGCACAGGGGUGUCAAACAGGAUUGUUUAGAUUCAAACCUAAUUAAACGCAUCUGAACUAAUCAAGUCCUUCAGGCUUAUUUAAAAACAACAUGGGCUGAAAUUUUGCAGGGCUGCGGCAAUUUUUGCAGUUUGACAACUGUGAUUUAGCAGAACAUUGUUUUCAAACAUACCUCCUGAUUAAAGCUGUAAUACAGCAGAAUACAUGAUUGCUUUGAAGUUGUUGUAAAGUAAUAGUUUACUUUGUAACAGUAAGGAAUGUUUGGCAGCAAGUAUUACUCACUACUAUGGCAACUAUGUGUCCAUGUUUAUGCUUCUCGUAGCAAUGUGAAAAAUAUCUGUUUAUACAUGUAAAGUGUGUAAUUGGAACACAAUUAUACACUUGUGCAGAGCAGGGGGGGAUGUGAGGAACAGGAAAAAAGCAGCGCAACAUAGCCUUGUCCCCUUUGUUACAUGUUCCUGGCGGCGGGGUUUCUGUAAAUUUCAGGGUUUGUGAUGUCACCAACCUGGGAAGUACCUUGUUGUAGUCCCUACCAGCCAUAAUUGUAGGCAUUAAACUGGCAGAAUUUUAAAAGACAAUAUCUCCGUUUGCAUUGAACUUUAAGUGUUGUAACUUGGUAGACAUUGUUUAUGCUCAAACAGCAACAAAAGUUUAAAAAAGAAAUCACAAUCAGCCGCCCCUUUAACUACCUUUUUUUCCCAAUUAAUUUACACAGCUUUGAGGUAGGUGCUAUUGAAUAAUAACUACCUGGUAAAUGUGUAUCUUUCCCUGGUUUAAACAAUUGGUAUUAUCACUGCCAGUUUUCAUACUUUUGGAAUUACUGCUUCUUUCCAGAUCUUAAGUAUCAACUUUACUACUUUAUCUGGUAAAUGCUUGAACAUUAUAUAACCUAAAUUAUCUUGUCUGGGUGCAGUAUUAGCACAGCUUUGUAAAGCAAAUCUUAAAACAAUAUGGUAAGAAACAUCAAUUUUCAAUAUGAGCUGUUUUGUACAGCUAAAUAUUGCUGGAAGCAGAUGAGACUGGAAGCCAGACGCAUUCAGUUUAUCGAAUUUGGCCUUUUUAUACAAUAUCACUGUCUUCAGCCAUUAAGCCAAGUUUUCUUAACAUAAACAAGUAAAUGUUUGCUUUAUAAAUGGUUGUCUAUCAGAGAAAAACACUUAACUUGCAUGCACUUUGCAUUCAUAUCUGGGCUGCUUGCCUGCAUAUAGUUUGUAUCAUCAGUAUACUGAGUUUGGCCUUUUAAUAUUACUUUCUUAAUGCAUUAAGUCAUGUUAAGUUUUUCUUUAAAACUCUAUGGGAGGAAAAUGCUUUACAUGUACACAUUGCUUUCAUAUUCUGGGCUACUCUGCUUGCAAACUCCUUUCAGAAAUACAAAGAAUAUCCACAUAGUUUUAAGGUGAAUGUAAUAUUUUAGUCAUAUCAUAUCAGUUAUUGUUAAUUUUCAAAGUGUAAUUGGUCAUUUAAAUGUAUGUUUUUAAAAGGAAAAAGUAUCUGUAUCAGUAUCAGUAUUGGCGAUACUGACCCUGUGUUCACUUGGUAUCGAAUCGAGCUGAUAUGUUCUCUCCAUUUGAUUCCUU